GCCAGAGCACUGCCUUCUCAGGCACUUCUAUCAAAGACAGACCAGGACCAAGGAUCUCCAGGAAAUCAGUUAGUUUUGAACUUGGAGAUGACUUCUCUUCUAGCCACAGCAGUUCGCUUUUUGAUCCUAACUCCAUGGCUAACACAACAGGUGACCGGCCGGGUACAACCAGCUAAUACAUGUUGGCUAGACAUGGCUGAUGAUGCGUUUGAUGAUCAGUAUGACGGCUGUAUUAACGAAAUGGAGGCUAAAGCACCCCAGCUGUUAGAAGAAGAACUUAAAGUGAAUAGAAAUUUAAAUGCAGAAUGGAAAAAGGCAAAGACAAAAUGGGAGGAAAUAAAGAACAAAAUAGACUCAUCAAAACAACUCAAAGAUUCCCAUGGAAUAGCUCUAGUCGCCUAUACUGGAGAUAUUGGAACAGAAUUUAACAAAGCUGUCAGAAACUUCCAUCAAAAUACAAAUAAGUUUCAGUUUAAAGCCUUCCAUUAUUAUUUGACAAGAGCUCUUCAGCUUCUCAAGCCAACGAAUUGUUAUACAGUUUAUAGAGGCUAUAAGACAAAGUGUAAUUACAUUGGAAAAGGAAAUGUACGUUUUGGCCAAGUUGCCUCAUCAUCUCUCUCUGAAAAAGUAGCUAUAAAUUUUACUGACAAUCGUAAGGGAACACUGUUUACCAUCAGAACCUGUUUGGGUGUUAAAAUUGAAAUGUUCUCUUACAUUCCAUCACAAAAGGAAGUGCUAAUUCCAGGCUAUGAAGAAUAUCAGAAUGUCAUCCAAAAUAACAAUGACGUUUCACUUGACAGGCCCAAAAUAUCUAAGAGUAACUACAAUUGCUUCUAUAUCAACAGCUCAGGAACAAAAGAAAGUUCUGCAUUCAUUCUGCUGCUGCCUGGCCUCCUGGUUCUGAGGUUCCUCCCUGCUGAGCUGUAACCUUGCCCUUCCUGGUGCCUUGGUCUACAUGGUGCCAGUGACCAAUUCCAGCAUGUCAUAAUUUCAAGAGUUUCAUCAAAAGGUUGAUGAGACUUGGGGACUCAACAGGGUUGAGUCACACAUGUAGUCACCUGUUGGGAAUGGCUGAAGGCAUUUCCCCAAACUUGAAAGGAUACAUUAAAUUGAUUGUUGCUGCCGGACAGUUAAAGGGCAACUUAAUCUGCAUGUUAUUGCCUCCUACUGGCCAAACACCUGAACAGUUGUAGGCUAAUUCCCCCAUUCUGACAAUGGACUCUGUACUAAACCCUGACCCUUUGAA